UAACACCCUUGUGUCUAAAUGAAUCUCGCACAAAUCUCCACAAAAUCUUUCCAGAAGUGUGGAAGUUCUUUUACCAGCAGUAAACAAGGACUAAACGUGGAACGGGGUGUUAAAAAGUUUACACUGUAGCGUGAUCACCGAUGUUGCGUAACUUGUGAACGCCUUCCUACCUGUCAAUCCAGGCACUGCGAGUCCUUUACAGCAAGCGUGAAAUGUUUGAUUUACGAGUCUUGGCUUUUCUUUUUAUAACAUGUUACGAUAGCUCGUUCUGGCACGUCGUACUUGUUACAGCAAAAAUUUAUUGUUUCGUGACAAGAUCAAAAGACGCCUCCAGGACGCUUGACGUAAAUUACCACGUGCUCGGGAUUGGAGUUUUGUUUCUAUUUCUGCAUAUAAAGAGGAAUACGAUGCAGUGAGUUACUGUUACCUCCCUGACAACAGCAACAUUUCAUCAUGUAUUUCGAUGAAACGUCUGUUUCUGCGUAACUGCGUAGGAACCAGAAUUGUUCAGAGACGAUCGUUUUAAACUAGAUUUUAUCUUUAAUUCGUUUUUAUCCGCCAUUUUUUUUUUUUUACAUUUAUUUAUUCAGUUGAGGAUUCGCUCAGGUGGUGCUGCGAUUCGAAUUCACAACCUUCAGACUACGAGCAUCAUGGCGGCCCUCCUGUGCCUCAGACUAUCCUCGCUGCUCGCCCUGGCCACAGCAGGAGGGGUGAAGAACUGCCAUCCGAAGUGCCGCUGUGAGGUGGAGAGCUACGGCCUGUUUGAUAGUUUCAGCCUCACCAAGGUGGACUGCAGUGGGCUUGGACCAGAAACCACUCCCAUUCCCAUCCCUCUAGAAACGUCCCACUUGGACCUGUCUCACAAUUCCAUUAGCUCCGUCACUGACUCCAUGCUGUCAGGACCCGGGUACACCACUCUGGUCAGCCUGGAUCUCAGCAGCAACCUCAUUUCACAAGUGAGCUCCAAGGCCUUUAACAAACUACGUUACCUGGAGACUCUGGAUUUGAGCCAGAACAUUUUGGAGAACCUCGGCGAUGGAUGCUUUUCCGGUCUCCCCUUAACCGAGGUGGAUCUCAGCGACAACAAAUUUGGCGAGUUUGACCUAAACGUAUUCAGCACACGAGGCCAGGAAACCCCUAUCAGUGUAGAUCUUUCGAACAACCUUCUCAGCACGGUUUCGAGAAACCCUCACCUUCAUGUGCCUUACAUCAAAAGCCUGAUGCUGGCAGGCAAUCAGCUAAGGAAGGUGCCCAGACUUGCUGGAAUUCCCUUGCAGUAUUUGAGCCUGGAUGGAAAUCUUAUCCUUGGUAUUGACGAAGGAGCCUUCGAGGAGCUGACGGAUCUUGUUUAUCUUUCUCUCAGUGGCCUCCCUGAGCUUUCGGUCAUCCAUCCGAACAGCUUCAGAGGCCUGAAAAAUCUCCAAGUCCUCGACCUUUCGAACAACUUUCAGCUCAAGACGUUGAGUCCAGAUGUGUUUAAUGGACUAAGUGCUUUACAGGAGCUCAAUCUCUCCAAAUCGGUGGUCACGCCGUUACCCGUCACCAUCUUUAACCACAUGCCCAGUAUUAAAAGUGCCACUCUGGGGCCAAAUAUGCACUGCUGGAAAACACACAAGCAAGGACAGUUUCACCGGCAGAUCGGACAGGCCAAAGCAAACGACAUUUUGACUUGUGACGUUCCAGGAAUCAUAUUGUACGCCACUUAACGAUAAGAAUUGAGCUCACUUUCAUUCUUUAGCGCCUUAUUUCCACAUGACCUGUUCACUGGGCCUCAAUUAUCAAGCUGUAAAUAUUUUCAGCGACCAAACCGAAGAUUCGUGGCAGAUUUACGAUUUAGCCUAACUUCAGUCAAGCCUAUUAAUUAUUUAUUAUUAUACAUAGAUGGUUCAUUUUGACUACAGAGAUUAUUUAUUUUUAUCCAUGCCCACAGAAUUCUAUAAAAUCUCAAUCUUACAAAGACGACUACACAGCAACGUUUCCAAUAAUGCAGCUCGGCCACUGCGGAGCUCCUUCCUGCAUUCCCUUUUAUUCUGAUUGGAAUUUCUUUUGGUUAUCACUUGAUGUGGAAGUGAUAGCUUAGUGGAUGGACUUCUAAACAGAAGAUCACAAGUUCAAUCCAAUGCUGGGCCCUUGUGCAAGGCCCAUAAUAAUUAGAAUAAUUAUGUUUAGUUCUACCAUGACACAGACGCUACCACUUCCCGUGUGUGCAGGGCGCCAUUACAUUUGCUCUGAAUUAAUGGCUUGGGUUAUAUAUCCUCAAAUUUCCUCAAUGUAUAGAAUAAUUAGUGUCUCAGCAGUUCUACAUUUUCUGCACCAUAUCAUUAAUUCGUUCACUUUUCUAAAUUGGGUCCACUUGAGGUUUUUUUUUUGCACAGGUGAUGUUUAUGAAUUUACACAUUUUCAGUAUAUAUAUGCAGAUGUAUUAUAUAUAGUAUUACAUGUUGAUUAGGAGUUGUUAUGCACUUUAAGUAGAACUGCCCUUUUUUGUAGCAUUUUUUUCCCAUUCUGAAUCCAGGCAUUUUUGCUUUUCCUCACAUUGUGGGUAUUUUUAUUUUUUUUACAUUCCAUGCAGUACGGACACUGUAUGUGCCUGGGGCAACUUUAAGAACCACUUUAUACAUUCUAGCCAAAGCUGAAGGAAAUUUCAGUGCCUUAAUGCAUACACAUACACUAUAUGGACCAAAGAUGUCCUACACAAUUUGUGCUGACGGAUUCAGGAGGAACCGCAUAUGCCUGGAGAAGUCAGAUGUCCACAGGAUUUUGUCCCUAUAGUGUAUUUCCAGUGUUGAACACGGAGUGAGUCGAUUGUGGGAUAUUUUGAAGUAUUUGCACAUGUUUUGGAUUUCAGUAUAGGUCCAUCCCUGUUCAAUAAAUUCUGCUUUCGAUCUGCGGAGCCAGACGACGCGCAGAAUCCUGAAUGAACCCGUACGCUGAGAAUAAAACAUCAUGCUCUUCCUAACAGUCUCAUGGCGUGUAAAUCAUAGGUUUCAUUCAGGUUGUGCAUUAGAAGCUCGAAUCACAUUUGAAAAAUGUUUCAGUUUUUGCACUUUAUGGUCCUACAUACGGAGAUUAAUGAAAAUAAAAUCAAUUUGUAAUUGUUGGUUUUUUUGUAUGAUUGUACAUUUAUACCAAAUGUGAACAUAUUAUCAGUAAAUAAAUGUGCUUUCUUUUUUUUAA